AUGCCCGUCCACUACAACACCCACACAAAAGAGCCCUACCUCCGCUUACCGACACCCUUAUCCAAUAUCAUCAUCACCCCCCACCGACUAAGCCAACUAGAAGAAACCGUCGCCGCACAAGUCCGGCUCCUCAAUGACCCCAAAAUCUACCUCAAUCUAUCGGGUCCACCCUACCCCUAUCUCCCCGAACACGGAGAGGAAUGGGUGAAGAUGAAAUGCGCAGAGGCAGAGCCAGUUCUCGGCACCCUGCGUGCGGAAUUCGAGAAUCCGGAUACCGACAAACAGGUCUUUGAUUUCUGUCCCUUCAAUGUGAUCCGCGAAGUCACAGAGCAGGAUCCCGAGACAGGUGAUCCCCUGAAGGAUGUCAUUUUAGGGGAUAUUGGCGUGGCUCGGUAUCCCUUCUAUGAAGACGGAUAUGACACUGAGAAGAUGGCUGAGGCGCAGCGUUUGAAUAAUGAGUUGUCUGCUGGAGAUGGGAGGAUUGUUUGGGCGAUAGGAGACUUUCUUUCUCCUUCUCAUCACGGUAGGGGGAUCAUGACUCUUGCCAUGAGAACGGUUCUCCAGGACUGGGGUGUGCCACGCAUGAACAUCCAGAUAGUCAAGAGUUGUGCUUUUCUUGAGAAUAAAGGCAGUCUCAGAGUCUUCGAGAAGAAUAACUUCGAGGUGGUCUGCACUCUGAAGGAUUGGGUGCCUGUUUCUGAGAGCAGAGGUGGGGGGACGAAAUCGAUUGUGAUUGUCAACUGGAAGGGCCUGUAA